GAUGCUGAUGCUGCUCGUAUCGGAUGGGGAGAAGGAAGAGAGACGAAGAGCGAUGAAAAAAAAAAGAGCACUGUCAGAAGGAGUGAGACGUGCGACUCGGACACGACGCAUUUGAACUGAACGUAGCAGGGCAAUAAAAAAAACACCGGAUCGAGAUUUGCGACCGCGACUCCGCGAGGAAGAGCCCGAGAGGAGAUGCUGUGAUAUGCACAUAAGCUGCGAGGGAGGGAGGGAGAGACAGAGGGAGAAAGGGGAGAGGAGGCUACUACGCCAGUUCCAGAUACCGAGAUGCUGCUUUCACUCGGAGAAACAUUUUCUAGUCAAAGUGUUCCCGCAGAACAGGUCUAAAUAGACCUGACGGUUUUUGGACACCUCGAAGUGGAUAGAUUGCCGAACGAGCAAUCCAUGUUUGUCUGCGCCAGUGCCGAUAGGGUGGUUGUCUUCUACAUUACUAUUUUCCUCUAUUUCCGGAUGCGAGGCCUGGAAUAAACCGGGGUGUAUUAGAUGCCCAUAACGCACAUCUCCUUUCUAAUUCAGUUAUUUCCUGGAGUGGGGCUGUUGGCAUUGUUAAAAGGAAAAGAGACGGAACACAUUUGGAGGUGUCAAAGAUGGAUAAGGUACUAUCUAUUAGAUGACAGGCUUUUCGCUUAGGGUGAUAUGAUCAGCUUGUCAAUAACUAGGUCAGCCAUCAUAUCCAAUAUAGUAUUAGCGAUAUUUGAAUUAGUGACUCCACAGUGUCCCGCGACUAAAACGAUCUACAAAAAUGCGCCCUUUGUUUAGCGAAAGUAAUUUGAACAACUAUUGAUUUCACCAGUUUAUCGCUACAUUAGCUGCCCUCUGUCGUUUUAAACGAUUAACCUAUAGCUAUUUCCCACAAUAUCUACAAAUGUUCUUCACCAGGUUUAUCUAAAUCGUUCAAUCUAGUCCUAUUAUAUCGCCUUACAGUUUGAUGAAAUAUAGCACAAAGGUGUCUCCUGUAUUAUUUUCCAUCUCUUUAACAGGCUCUACUUUUACUCGGAACUGUAAUUUUGCCUUUCUGUUUGCCUUAUCACUUGCAAUUUGGACUACGGCGUCCGGGAAAACCAGAUUUGAUUUAAAAUAUUUACCAAAUUAUUUCCAUGGACUGCGAACAGGCCGGCGCAGGGGCUUGAGAGUAGGCCACUGAUCUCGCGACUACAGCGUCCAGCUUUCCCUGAAUAAUCGCGAGCCGUCCGUCUGUAAUGUCGUUACGGCGGUACGCUUCCGUGCGCAGGACAGACGGUCGUGGAUUUAUUUUGAAAAUACAGUGAACUCUGCAUUGUGUUGCCCUAUAAAAACCGAAUUUGAACGAAAUGUCCAGUAAGGAGUUGUCGGGGAGUCAGCCGGCUCAGUACGUAGGGCCCUUUCGUCUGGAGAAGACGCUGGGCAAAGGCCAGACAGGCCUGGUGAAGCUGGGAAUUCACUGCAUUACAGGACAGAAGGUGGCUAUAAAAAUAGUGAACAGAGAGAAGCUAUCAGAAUCAGUUCUAAUGAAGGUGGAGAGAGAGAUAGCCAUUCUGAAACUAAUCGAGCAUCCCCAUGUUCUUAAGCUUCACGACGUGUAUGAGAACAACAAGUACCUGUAUCUAGUGUUGGAGCAUGUAUCUGGUGGUGAGCUCUUUGACUACCUGGUGAAGAAAGGCAGACUGACUCCUAAAGAGGCCAGAAAGUUCUUCAGACAAAUCAUCUCAGCUCUGGACUUCUGCCACAGUCACUCCAUAUGUCAUAGAGAUCUGAAGCCAGAGAACCUCCUGCUGGAUGAAAAGAAUAAUAUCAGGGUUGCUGACUUUGGCAUGGCUUCUCUGCAGGUGGGGGACAGUCUGCUGGAGACCAGCUGUGGAUCUCCUCAUUAUGCGUGCCCUGAGGUCAUUAGGGGGGAGAAGUAUGAUGGCCGCAGGGCGGAUGUGUGGAGCUGUGGGGUCAUCCUUUUUGCUCUGCUGGUGGGAGCAUUGCCCUUUGACCAUGAUAACCUGCGGCAGCUGCUGGAGAAGGUGAAGAGUGGUGUGUUCCACAUGCCCCACUUCAUCCCACCGGACUGCCAGGCCCUCCUGAGGGGUAUGAUUGAGGUGGACCCCGAGAAACGCCUCACGCUGGAAGCAAUACAAAAACACCCCUGGUAUCAGGGGGGCAGGAAUGAGCCAUGUCCCGAGCGGCCCCCUCCGAGGCGGGUGUGUGUGAGGAGGAUUCUGUCUUUGACAGAGCUGGAUCCUGAUGUACUGGAAAGCAUGCACUCUCUGGGCUGCUUCAGAGAUCGCGUGAAACUCACCCGGGACCUUCAGUGUGAAGAAGAAAAUCAGGAGAAGAUGAUCUACUAUUUGCUGCUGGACAGGAAGGAGCGCUACCCCAGUUAUGAGGAUGAGGACCUUCCUCCCAGAAAUGAUAUUGAUCCUCCGCGUAAACGUGUGGACUCACCCAUGCUGAGCCGUCAUGGCCGUUGUCGGCCGGAGAGGAAGAGCCUAGAGGUGCUGAGUGUGACAGAGCAGGGAUCUCCCUCCCCACCCCGCAGGGCCCUGGACAACUCCGCACACAGCCAGAGAUCACGCUCCGUCAGCGGUGCUUCCACGGGACUCUCCUCCAGUCCCCUCAGUAGCCCCAGAAGUCCAGUUUUCACGUUCAGCCAAUCAGAAGUCACCACCCAGUCCAAAGACCCCAAAGCAGGAAGCGCCACCGCACCCCGGGCAACCCAACGCGUGCCCGACCCAAAAACCCAGACCCUGCCCUCCAAAGCGGCCUCCGACCGACCCCACCUGCAGUCCAUGAAGUCACUUCCUCUGCAGACGCCCCCUUCCUCCUCCCCCUCUCCCUCUCCGCUCCUCUCCCCCAUCCCCCGCUUCUUCUUCUUCCCCGCCCCCUCCGUCCUGAAGUCUGUCACUAAGACCAUCUAUCCUAACUCUGCCCAUGUACCGCAGGUCACCCCGCAGGAUUCCCCGCUCACCACCCCUUUGGGGACCCCCGUGCAUCACCCGCAGCACCCCCCUCCCACCCCACCCUCUUCCUCUUCCUCAUCCUCCUCCUCACGGGCCGAAGGGGGCGGCGGUGUGGGCGGUGGCUCCCUGUCUCUUACCCCACCCACCAGCCCUGGUGGAGGGAGCGGAAUGGCUGCCAGCAGCUCCGCACACUGGAGGACCCGCCUCAACUCAUUCAAGAACAACCUGCUGGGGUCACCUCGCUUCCACCGCCGCAAGCUGCAAGUUCCUACAUCAGAAGACAUGUCCAGUCUAACCCCAGAAUCAAGCCCAGAACUGGCUAAGAAGUCUUGGUUUGGGAAUUUUAUCAGUCUGGAGAAGGAGGAGCAGAUUUUUGUGGUGAUCAGAGACAAGCCUCUCAGUUCUAUCAAAGCUGACAUUGUCCAUGCCUUUCUAUCAAUCCCCUCCCUGAGCCACAGUGUAAUUUCUCAGACCAGUUUCCGGGCGGAAUACAAAUCCUCGGGGGGGUCAUCUGUCUUCCAGAAGCCUGUCAAAUUUCAGGUGGACAUUGCCUUUUCUGAAGGAGAGAGGGCGCGAGAGAGGGAAAGAGAAGGAAAGAGGGAGAGUGGCAUUUACAGUGUCACCUUUACCCUCAUAUCAGGUCCAAGUCGCAGGUUUAAGAGGGUGGUUGAGACCAUUCAGGCCCAACUGCUCUGUACCCAUGACCAGCCGUCUGUGCAGGCACUAGCUGAUGAGAAAAAUGGGCUCUCCUCUCGUCCCCCCGGCACACCUACCCGCCAAAACUCUCGCCGGUCCGAAGGGGGCGGGGACCGUGGUGAGAGGGUGGAGCGUGGAGAGGGAGGCAGUGGGGGUGUGCUACAACGCAGGGGAUCUGGCAAGGACAAAACCCGCCUGCUAUCCUCCAACGGAACACAGCCCUGAGGGAAUUUUCCAGAACUGCACCUGCUCCUUUCCCCCCUCCUAUACCCCUACCCAGGAAAUUUCCUCUUUGUUCACAGUCCCUCAGGCAGACACACCCAUUCAUUCAUCUUUAAUGUAAACCUGUAUUCCAGAUUCAGCUAUAAAAGGACUAGGAGCAUAUCGACGUGGAAAUGGAUGUUCUUAUUCACCCACUAUAGCCCCCCCGACCUGGAUAUAUGAGAAACACUCAAAGAGCUGGAACUACUAUGAUGUCACUCACACUUUAAAAGUACAGAGGCUCUCAUUAUAAACUUCAUUAAAACACUGGACUUUU